AUGGGUGAGCGGCGAGAUCAAAGAAGACCAUCUCUCGAUGCUCAAGAUGCGGCUCGCAGUCCUCACGGAUACAGGCAUCGGCCAUGGCAAGGAGCAAACGCAGAUUCGCCCAGCUCAACCACCCGCUCCGAUCUUUCCACUCGCAAUCCAGAAAUAUCCUCACAGCCCUAUGGAAAAGCCCACGACAGGAUCGACGAAUCGUCUCUUUCUCCCAACACUCAUUUCCCGCGCCCGCGGACUGGAGAGUCCGCCGUGUUUCCCCUGCAAGAUCCCCAGGAGGCUUGUCUGCUGAGAUACUUUGUCGAGGAGCUGUCACACUGGACACCAAACGGCAUACUGUACCAAGGACAACUUCUGCCGAAUCUGACGCCGCACGACGCUGUCGAGUAUACGUUGAAAUGCAUACCGGCGCUUCGAGAUUUCCACACCAUCCAAGACGACGAGCGCCUCGAGAGCAUCAUCGCCACGGCCGUCAUUCUCCGACAACUUGAGGAAAUCGAUGACGAAGAUGACGGCGAGGACCGGCAGGGUAGCCCGGGUGAGAGUCCUGGGGAGUCUCGACCGAAACACCAGGUCAACUUCCUCGCCAUCAUCGACGCAGUACUGCGCAGCGCGCCUUCGCAGACCCUCUUCGGGCGCCGGUCACUGAUCCAAGCGGCGUACUGGAUGGCGGUGAGGCAGGAGAUUUUCCAUUCCUUCACGCGACGGCAUCCGCCUCAGAUGACUCUGGAGCCAGAAUACGGCCAGGGCGCAUCCAAGGCCAACAAGAUUGUGCUACACACGGCGCAAGUAGCAAAGUGGCGUUUGUCUGAUCGCUCCGAGCAAGAAUGGCUGCGGCUUCAGAAACAGGGCGAACAGCUCGAGGAAGAGGCCGUUCGUGACAUUCAACCCUUCUUCACCCGCAAAGCAGACCGGUCCAAUGGGGAAAUAUUCCCCAUUAUCUGGUACUCAUCCGCCCUUGAGGUGACGAGCAUCCAGCUUGCAAUAAUUGCCAAGAUGGUUCUCAUGGCCGAGAACCCCUUCCUCACUGGCCAAUCAACAACACGUGCGCGAUGGCGAGAAAUUGAAAACGAGGUUAGACAGAUGAUCCUCGACCUGUGCGGCAUUAGCCUGUGCCAUCCUGCCUGUCCGCCGGCACUGGUCCACACGGCGUUCGGGAUGGAGCUCUACGGGGACUUUUUCACGGACCAUUACGAGCGGCUUGCGUUGCGAGGCGUGGUGGAAAAGCUCCGAGACGCCCGUGCCUGGCCCGUUAAGAAGUUGUCCAGCAUGUUUCAGUAA